AUGGGUGGGACAGUGCUGCCGCCGUUUGACCUAGAUCCCCCACCCAGGCUGCCGCUCGAGAUGGAGGAGCUAUUCCCUGCAGGUACCGAGGAUAUAGACUUUGCCUCGGUUCGACGGGAGGCGAAGGAGGUAACCCUGGCCAUGCAUCGCCAGGAAGUGCCUCUUGUCAACGCCUUCCUGACUGGGGUAAAGAUUGAUGCGGGGGAGCUCGCUCGGACCAAGGCCACGGACUUCUCCGAUCGGGUGCAGAAGACGGUGCUCUCUGCCGCCAAUGUAAGUAGUCCUGUGCCUUUGACUCCCUACCAGUGCAAUUGUGAUCUGCUUAUGAACAUACCUUUCUUGCAGGCUUUUGGGGAUAUGUACCUUACCCUAGCCAGGGCAGAGAGAGAGGUGAACCUGGCCAGACGCCAUUCCGAGGCAGCCAAGGCUGCUACCGCCGAGGCUCAGGCUGCCCUCCGGGAGAGGAAUGCGCUGCAGCUGAAGGUGGGGAGGUUGGAGCGGGAGCUGAAGGAGACGACCCGGCGGCUGGAGGCUGUGGAGGAGGCUAGGCUCGAGUCUGAGAGGAGGAGGACCGAGGAGCUGAGCAGGGCUCGUGCCGAGGCUGUGGAGGAGUAUCAGGGCUCAGACAGGUUCAAGAGCCUUGUGCUGGACGCGAUGGUCGAGGAGCAGUAUGGGUGGGAGAAACAGGUUGCGAGGUUUAAUCCAGGGUUGGAUAUAAACUUCGACACCAGUGGUGUUCCUCCUCCCAUUCCUUCCGGUCGGGAGUCACUGUUUGCGGCCACACCAUCUGCCGAAGCCACGAGUCCUUCGGAGGCUGAGACGCGGGGAGGUGCCGAUGCUAGCGGAGGGGAGUCGACCGUGGAUCCCGACACAGCUGCCGAGGAUGAGGCGGACGACCAUGCUGAUGCCUGA